UUUUUCUUGAUCGGAUCUUAUUAAGAAACUCAGUAGCAUGCUGCUAAAGAGAUGUAACAGAAUAAUGUCGAAUCGAGUGAUCAUCUUCUUCCUCCUCUUUUCUCUCUUCCUCACUCCAUCCUCCUCCAACAACUACAACGAAGACGAAUUCCUCAGCUUCCUCGAAGACUACGAGGAUUCAACCGAACCAGACAGCCCGAAUCAUGGCCGUCCUAAGUUCCCUUCAGAGCCAUUUGAUCGCGCUGAAGAGGAGGACGAGGACAUUAAGAUUGAUGAUAAGGACGUUGUAGUAUUGACUGAUAGUAGUUUUAACGAAUUCGUGGAGGAUAAUAAGUAUGUGAUGGUGCAUUUUUACACUCCCUGGAAUGGACAUUGUAAGGCUUUGGCUCCGGAAUAUGCAGAUGCUGCAACGGAGCUGAAAGCAGCGAAUGUGGUGCUCGCGAAGAUCAAUGCCGUUAAGGAGGUUGAGAUGUCUGAUAACCUUGAAGUCCGAAGUUUUCCUACAAUCUUUUUCUUUGUUGACGGUGAUCCUGAACCUUACUUUGGCCGAAGAACCAAAAAUGCAAUUGUCACUUGGAUAAAGAAGAAGAUAGGACUCGGUGUUUACAAUAUAACUACAACAGAAGAUGCUGAGCGUGUAUUAACCUCUGAGGACAAAGUUGUUCUAGCGUACCUCGACUCUUUGGUGGGUUCCGCGACAGAUCAACUUGCAGCUGCUUCAGAACAUGAAAAUGAUGUAAAGUUUUACCAGACGACAAAUCCUAACGUGGCUAAGCUAUUCAACAUAGAUGACAAUGUUAAACCCCCAGCUUUGGUCAUGCUUAAAAAAGAGCCAGAGAAAGUGGUACACUAUGAUGGUAAGUUCAAAAAAGCUGAAGUAGCUAAGUUUGUUUCAGCCAACAAGCUUCCUUUAGUGACAACUUUUGAUAAAGAAACCGCCCAUUCAAUUUUCGCGAGUCCAAUUAAGAAGCAGAUUUUGCUUUUUGCCACAGCAAAUGAUACAGAUAAGUUGUUCCCGACAUUUCAAGAUGCUGCAAAACUUUUCAAAGGAAAGCUUAACUUUGUUUAUGUCAAAACGGACGAUCAUGAAGUUGGGAAACCAGUAUCACAUUAUUUUGGGGUCAGUGGAGAUUCUCCACAGGUCAUUGGAUACAUAGAAGAAGAUGAUCGCAAGAAAUUUAGAUUUCACGGGGACAUUACACUCGAGAGGAUUAAGGCAUUUAAUGAGGACUUUCUAGACGACAAGCUCAAACCUUUCUAUAAAUCAGAUCCAGUUCCUGUGACAAAUGAUGCUGAUGUGAAAAUCGUUGUUGGGAACAAUUUUGAUGAAAUCGUUCUAAAUGAGUCAAAAGACGUGCUUCUUGAGAUCUAUGCAACAUGGUGUAGGCACUGCCAAGCUCUGGAACCAAUAUUCAAUAAACUAGCACGCCACUUACAUGGCGUUGAGUCUCUUGUUAUAGCCAAAAUGGAUGGAACAAGAAACGAGCACCCUCGUGCUAAGUUUAAAGGAUUCCCAAGUCUCCAAUUCUUUCCAGCAGGCAAUAAGAGCACUGAUCCAAUUCGGGUUCACUCUGAAGCUACUCUAGUGGAAUUGUAUAAGUUUAUCAAGAAACAUGCAGCUAUCCCUUUCAAGCUUCAAAGACCAGCUUCUUCUAAAGAAGGCGUCAAGGGGGAGCCUGGCAACGUAAAAGAUGAAUUAUGAGAAGAGUUUAACUUCUAUAUACCGACACUAGUCUUUUUUUUUCCUUCUUCUUACUGUUAGAUUCCUUUCCCGUGGAACAAUUUACAUAACUAUGUUUAGGAUAUAGUUAAUUUUUAGAAUAUUACUACUACUA